AUAAAAUGUAAUAUCUAUGUGGAAUGUGGAUUAAAUUAAAGUUCUGUGAUAAAUAGAUGAUAUUUAUUGAUAAAUAAUUUUUAUUGAUAACUAGAUAACUUUUACAUUCCAUCAUUUAAAAAAAACAUUUUAUAUUCAGGGUAUUCUUUUUUCUCUAAUCCUAGCGUCAACCAUCUCAGUUUAAAAUUCAAUAAGUUUGAUUAUUUAAUUUUGGCAUAAUGUCAAUGGAAAGUAAAUAUAAUACAAAAAGUCCUGGUGUGAAACGUUUAAUGCGUGAAGCUUGUGAGUUAGCAGAACCAACAGAGGAAUAUCACGCUUGCCCUUUAGAAGACAAUUUAUUUGAAUGGCAUUUUACUGUUAAAGGACCUUCAUCUACUGAAUUUGAAGGAGGAUAUUAUCAUGGGAGAAUAUUAUUACCUUCACAGUAUCCAAUGCAACCACCAAAUAUUAUUUUGAUGACUCCUAAUGGUCGUUUUGAAGUGAAUAAAAAAAUUUGUUUAUCAAUCUCUGGUCACCAUCCAGAAAGUUGGCAACCUUCCUGGUCAAUACGUACUGCUUUGUUAGCUUUAAUUGCUUUUAUGCCAAUUCCCUCAUCAGGUACAAUAGGAUCUUUGGAUUAUACUCCUGAGGAAAGGCAAAUUUUAGCUAAGAAAUCUAAGAAUUGGGAAUGCCCUAUCUGUGGGAAAAUAGUUGACAAAUUAUCUACUGCUAAAAAGCCAGAGUUGACUCAAGAAGAAAGUAAUAUGAUAAAGCAAAUUGCUUUGAAGGCAGAAGAAGAAAUGGAUAAGAAAGAUGAAAAAAAUUCAGAAAUCCAAGAAAAUGUUUUACGACAAAGAACAAGUAAUAACUCUAAUGGUGUAACACAAGUAAAUUCAAAUGAUCCAAAAGAUACCGAGUCAAACAAUCAGAAUGGUGUUUGGAAUGCAAUAAUAGGCAUUUUGCUCACAGCAAUUGUGCUACUCAUUUUGCGAAGGAUAUUGCUUUUGUAACCUUUUUAUAUAAAAUUAUUUUGAAAUAUACAUAUAUUAAUAAAAAUUGUAAAUAUAUAUGAAAUCAUAUUAAUCUGUUUGAGAAAAUAUUAUCUAAUUA